CUGCAACUGAAAAAGUUCCCAGGCGCGGAAUCAGAACUUCAGAAGAGCUCCGGGAGGAAACCCGCGGCGACAGUUCACUGGCGCAACACACAACACACGACCCGUCUGUCCAGGAAAAAGGGGAAGAACCGCCACCCGCCUGUUCAACUCCCCAAAAUCAGCCUCUCCCGGCCACCACCCACACACAGAUCAUGAUGCGGCCGAGAUUAAGGAUACCAUUGAGGCCGCGCCUCGUCACGACACCGGCCCGGUCGACCCUCCUACCGCUUGCCUGCCAGUCACAAUUACGAUCAUUGCAUGCGAUUGCACCGCUUGACUACAAUUUGAAGAAUGAGGCCUCAGAGAAUGGCAUCCCCGGAUUUCUCACGCGGGAGGCCUUCACCAUCGCCUGGACCCAGUACCAGACACACCUCCUCGAGAGGCUAAAUGCGUUGACAGGAGGAACUGGCUGGGAGUCCAGACACGUCAAGGACAUCAUGCUCGGCACGGCCCGCGAGCCCGACCAGGCGCCGACGUUCAACUACGCCAGCAUGAUCCACAACAACCACUUCUUCUUCAAGCACCUGUCGCCCGAGCCCGUGGAGAUGCCCGACCCGCUGCGCGACCUGAUCGAGAAGUCGUUCGGCUCGACCGAGACCCUCCGGCAGGAGAUGAUCUACACGGCUGCCAGCAUGUUCGGCCCGGGCUUCGUGUGGCUGGUCAAGACGUCGCACCCGGGCCUGCCGAUGGCCUUCAAGGUGCUCGUCACGUACGCGGCCGGGUCGCCCUACCCGGCCGCGCACUGGCGCCGCCAGGACGCCGACAUGAGCACGGCUGCGAGCGGCAUCGGCGAGGCCGGCAUGGAGACGGCCAAGACGUACCUGGAGAACACGGCGUACGGCGCGGGCAAGAAGGUCGGCAACCCGGCCGCCAGGCGGGCCGACUUCGCCCCCGGCGGCACCGACCUGCAGCCCGUGCUGUGCCUCAACACGUGGGAGCACGUCUGGCUCUGGGACUACGGCUUCGGCACGGGGAACGCGGGCGGCGGCAAGCUGGAGUAUGCUGAGCGGUGGUGGGAAAAGAUCAACUGGGAGCUCGUGCAGAAGGAGGCCAAUAUCCAGCGGCUGGAGAUGUCUGGGAACACCGGGUCGCCGACCUCAGCGGCCGCGGCGACGGCGUGAGAGCUGACUGCUCUGUGUGUGCCGUCUAGUGGACUGUAUCAUAUGGCCUGUGAAUAGCAAAAGCCUGCCCGAUGUGCUGUGCCAUGUGCGGAUAUAGAGGUAUGUAACUUGUACAAAAUAGACGCUGUUGCUCAAUCUACACGACGGUGGAAUCCACUUUAUCAUAACGAUUGCUGUUCGGAGUUGAUAUGUUGGACUUGCAUGUCACACACCGAAAGGCAGGGCAAGAUGUAUUAUAGUACCCGGCUUAUUUGAAUGUAAUUGUAAAUGCAAAGACUUUUUCAUUUUCAGGGAAACUAACUAUUCAUAACCCAUCAUCAAUCAUGAUCUUGCCGGUAACCGGUCAUCCUACUCCUCGUCCCUGAAUUCCUCAUCAUCCCUUUCCAAAAGCGAGCGUAGUC